AUGGAGAGAAUUUCACGAGGUGAUUGGAGCGGCGUAGACAAAGAUUCUGAUUUAUUUCCUUAUAUGAGAGUGAAGGACCAACUUUAUAUCGUCAAUUACGGUGAAGGCAGCAUUCUUCUGUAUGAAACAAAAAUAAUCGGGCCUCACACUUUUCGUAAAAGAGUUGUUGGCCUCGCCCAUGAAGGUCAUCAAGGAAUAGUAGCGACUAAACAGUUUCUGAGAAGUACAACAUGGUUCCCUGGUUUAGGACAGCAGGUAGAAACUAUAUGCAAGCAAUGUAUACCUUGUCUUGCUAGCACACAGUCAAACUACAUGGAACCCCUCCAAAUGAUACCAAUUCCACCCAAUCAUGGGACUCAUUUGUCAGCGGAUUUUUGCGGACCUUUUCCCUCAGGGGAAUACUUACUUGUUGUAAUGGAUGAUCAUUCUAGAUUUCCGAUGGUGGAAAUAAUUUAUUCCACAUCAGCUCGCACUGACAAUAUAUUUUCUAUAUUUGGUAUACCACAAGUUCUCAAAACUGACAAUGGACCACCAUUUCAAUCCAGUGAGUUUGCGAAAUUUGCCAACUACUUAGGAUUUCGUCAUCAGAUAAUCACACCUUUGUGGCCAAGGGCAAACGGUGAAACUGAACGCUUCAUGAAAACUUUGAGCAAAGCCAUCAAAGCAAAUGCGGAAGGACUCAACUGGAAACAGGAGCUCUAUAAGUUUCUCUGCAAUUCUUGUGCUACGCCACACAGUACAACAUCAGAAUCACCAGUUGAAUCACUUUUAGGACGACAACUUCGCACAAAGCUCCCAGGAAUCGAACAUAGUUCCACUACUCGUGACCGACAAGUUAUGAUAGAACGGGACACAGCUCGCAAACACGACAUGAAGCAGUAUGCAGAUCUAAAGAAUCAUGCAUCAAAAAGUGACAUAAAGGAACGUAAUGUUUUUCUCGUAAAAUAA